UUCUCAAUUUGAUGCAACAUUAUUAUUCCUUUGCAGAAAAAAAGGCUGAAGUCGAAACUUGAGGUCAUCUGCUCCACUAGUUAACAUUGAAGACUUGUACGAAGUUUCUACUUCUGCACUCUCCUCCAUUUCUUCUAUGCUCAAAACCUUACAACAUACCAUCUAAACUUUCCUCUCUCACGUAAGUUCAUCUUCUUAUCUCACUACUCACAUCACCUUUCACCUCAUGCUUCUAAUCUUUUUCUUUUCUUUUUCUUCUCUCAAAACCUAACCAUGCAUGUCUCAAUUUUUCCACCAAACUCAUGUUUCUGCCUUCGAUUCACUCUCAUAACACUAUCAAUUCAGUCACUAGACUUGUCUUUGCCCUAAUUUUGGAGCACCAUAACUUCACUGCUCUUGUAGAAUUGAUCGGGUUAGUCGGUUGCAGUGCAUGAGAUCGAAGAGGUUGAUCUUAUUGUAUGAUAUUAUCGAGAAGAGAAUGAUGAGAUUAUAAGAAAGAUGAUGAAUGAAAGUUCAAGUAAAGUUCAGGAAGGCAACGAAGAAGAGGGCGAGAACAUUAAAAUUGAGAAGUUGUCAAAGGCAGGGUCGUCCUCAAGAUCAUGGUCAGCAUUCAGAAACCCAAGAAUUGUACGAGUGUCUCGUUCUUUGGGAGGAAAAGAUAGGCACAGCAAGGUUUGCACCAUUAGGGGACUGAGGGACCGAAGGAUUAGACUGUCUGUGCCCACAGCAAUUCAGUUGUAUGAUCUUCAAGACAAGCUUGGACUGAACCAACCUAGCAAGGUGGUAGAUUGGUUGCUUGAAGUCACCAAAUCUGAUAUUGAUAAACUCCCACCACUUCAAUUUCCUCACUGUUUUGCUCAGUUUCAUCAACAAACCCCACUCUCAGCUACCUCUCACUUCUCUCUUGGAAGCUUGUAUGAUGGUGUUGGGGGAAACCAAAACCUCAUCACAAAGUCAACAAGGUAUUGGGAUUUAGAUUCUCAAAACCGUACUGAGUUAGCUGAAGGUGUCUCAGCCUCCCAGAAGGGCAAGUUCUGGACGAAACCAAAUGAACUAGAGAAUCAUCAAAAUGGAAUUGUUGGUGGUAGUGGUAGUACUCGUAAUAGAGAAGAAUCUUCUUCAUCUCAUUGUAAGGUGUUUCCCCAUGGGACUAAUAGCUCUUAUUUACCUGGUGGUUUGUCAAACAAUGGCAUUACACAUAACUCCUAUCACCAUUCUGAGCCUUCAACUCUAUCUUUAUCCCACCUUGGAAGCCAUGAAUUAUUUCCUUCCCAUCCAAGCAGUGGCAGUAGUGUGCAAUUUUCAUCUGGUCCCCAAUUACUUUUUUGUCCACCUUCUGCUACACCAUCUGCUUUUUACUCAGUGGAAAGCGAUCCAAGACAAUCCAACAAUGUUCAGAUCUUUAGCUCAAGUUCCCAAGUCAUGAUGCCUCAUCCUCUCAUCCAAUCUAUUCAUUCCACCACUUCACCCCUUAGACGCCUUCCAACAACAUUGAGUUCCAAGCUUCUUGAUUCAGAUAACAACCAUCGUAGCCAACAAGGUAAGGGUACUACUCGUUCUUGAUUCAGAUAACCUUUCUGUCCCAAGGCUACUACUCCUUCCAGGACAUUCCUCAUAUCAGUAUUCCACAGGCUAAAGCACAUCAAUUCAAUUUUCCCACUCAGCCGUGAAUCUUAGUUUUGUAAGUAUGGCAAUGCUGGCUAUACAUAUACAAUAUUUAUAUUUCAAUUGAACUUUGUGGUUGCAACCUUUAGAUACCUUGUUGAUCAAUCAUUAUGAAUACGAGGUAUAAUAAAACAUUCUAAAAUAGUGCUCCUGUCCUUAUAUGUUGGGGCUUUCAUAUGAAUUUGCUGGCAUGUUUUAGUUUAAAUCCCUAAAUAACGAUCGUUUUCAU